AUUUACUGAUUUUCCUUUCUUUGGUUCCUUUGCAUGGAUCUUCGCUGAAGAAAUUUAACCACAUCUGUCUAGUUCUAGACAAAGUGGUGUUAAUCCUUAUUAAGAAAAAAAUAGACAGAGUGGUGUUAAUAAUUCCCGGUCUUAUUUUCCUCGGAUCUCACGGACAUUUUUUAUUCAUCUUUUUCAGUUAACGUUGGGUGUACUGGAUACCCGAUAAGUAACACAGUCAAUGAACACCCAUCUGCUGCAAUUCGCCCCACCAAAAGAGUCCGGGAUGCUGAACCCAACUAUAGCCAGCAAAAGCUUAAGAUAUCCUUGAAUAACAACUUUUGUCAGAAUGAAGUGGAUCAAGCUGGAAGCAUUUUGAAUCCAAAUACUGUAUCAACUGGACUCAGACUUUCUUACGAGGAAAAAGAACGUAAUUCCUCAGUCACGUCUGCUCCUGAGAACAUGAAAGCAGCCCUUCCUGCUUUUCUGCGGAUUGACAGUGGUUUUAAAUGUGAGAUUGACAGGCAAAGAGAAGAAUUUGAUCGGUACAUAAAAGUGCAGGAAGAUAAUAUGAUGAAGGGCAUGAGGGAGUUGAUUCAUCGACAGACAGUAUCUUUACUGAACUCCUUGCAAAAAGAAGUUAACAAGAGAUUGUAUGAGAAAGAUCUUGAAAUAGACAAUUUGAAUCGCAGGAACAAGGAACUCGGGGAGAGAAUAAAGCAGAUUACUGUAGAAGCUCAAUCAUGGCAUUACAGAGCAAAGUACAACGAGUCGGUUGCCAAUGCCCUGAAAAGCAAUAUUCAGCAGGCCAUGGCCCAUGGUUCCAUGCAAGUUCAGGAAGGCUGCGGAGAUAGUGAAGUAAAUGAUGCUGCCUCAAGUACAAACCAUCUUGGUUUAGCAAGCGGUUCGCAAAACCAAGUAUCCCAAAUACAGCAGCUAAAAUGCAGAGCUUGCAAGAGUAAAGAAGCCAGUGUGUUGUUAUUUCCAUGCAGACACUUGUGUCUUUGUAAAGAAUGCGAAGGGUUUAUUAAUAGUUGCCCAGUAUGCCAGGUAAUGAAGACUGCAAGUGUUCAAGUUUACAUGUCAUGAAGACGUAUACGAACACUUGCAAUCAUCAUCAUCAUCUUUGUGUUAAGGGAGGAAUGUUUAAUUUAAGAACAGGUUGUAAUGUUUAUUACAAUCAUGAAUUGUGCAUUUCUUAACUAUAUGAAUACAGAACCAGAUGAAACGAGGAUGGUCUUUUUUUCUG